GAAUUAAAAAAAUGGUAAGCGAAAAAUCGAUGGCAACCAAAGCGACUGAGUAGCCUUCAAGGAGAGAAGAGAGGAGAGGAGACGAAGAAGAAAUAAUUAAAGCAGAGAUGGUGAGACUGACAGCCGACUUGAUUUGGAAAAGCCCUCAUUUCUUCAAUGCCAUCAAGGAGCGCGAAUUGGAUCUUCGAGGUAACAAGAUUCCUGUAAUCGAAAACCUGGGCGCUACUGAGGACCAAUUUGAUACCAUCGAUUUAUCUGACAACGAGAUUGUCAAACUUGAAAACAUGCCCUAUCUCAAUCGGCUGGGCAGUUUGAUAAUCAACAACAACAGAAUUACCCGUAUCAAUCCUAACAUUGGAGAGUACUUGCCAAAACUUCACACGUUAGUUCUUAUAAACAACAGGCUUGUCAAUUUGGCAGAGAUUGAUCCUCUUGCUUCUCUUCCAAAGCUGCAUUUCCUUAGUCUUUUGGAUAAUAACAUCACCAAAAAGCCAAAUUAUAGGCUCUAUGUGAUUCACAAACUAAAAUCACUCCGGGUUCUUGAUUUUAAGAAAGUCAAAGGCAAGGAGAGAGCGGAAGCAGAACAUUUGUUUUCAUCCAAAGAGGUUGAAGAAGAGGCUAGAAGGGAAUCUGUCAAGACAUUCACUCCAGGUGAGGUUCUGAAUGUUUUAGAAGCUACAGAGGAACAACAGGCGCCUAAAGUGGUUGCCCCCACACCAGAUCAGAUCAUAGCAAUAAAGGCUGCCAUUGUCAAUUCCCAGACUCUUGAAGAAGUUGCAAGACUCGAGAAGGCAUUGAACUCAGGUCAACUUCCUGCAGAUCUCAAAAUUUUGGAUGGUACUGGGUCAGAUAGUGUCAAAGAACAAGAUGACAAAAUGGCUACUGACAAUUUGGAGGAACAGAAGGAUAAUGAAGCCACGCCUAUGGAACAGGAAUAAGAGUUAUUCUCCAAUCCAGUCCACAAGGAAAGGUGUGCCUUGGGCAUUCCUUGGCAAGUGCUGUAACAAUGGAGUUAUGGAUUUGUUGAGAACUUCGUCAAUUUUGCAGGGAUCCUCUUCUGUGCAAUUCUUUAAGCUUUCCCCCUUCGUUCUGUCAGUUAUUUUUUUGCUCGCGAUGCAUUGCUGACCUUUUGGGGAUGUAUACAGGUCGACUGUUAUUUUUAGUGCAAUCCUAGAGACACUUUACUGAUGGGUUAGCCCUAAUUAGCUGCCAUCUUUACCUGCAUGUCUGUUUUUUUUUUAAAUCUAAAAACAAGAUGAAUAUUAUCUAUGCGU